CUCAUGCCUUUCCUGACGCUGAGCGAAGCCUCCCAUACAGAUGAGCGCUGGAAGCCACGCACCUCUUGACGUAGCCACAGACCGGUUGCGGUGCCACUCGGUCUCCGUAGCACGUAUUGCGCAACGUGACUGAUGCUCAACUGGCUCCACGGCGGGCACAUCCGGCUCCUACCGUCGCGUGAAUUCAUUAGAAAAAGUGGUCUCAUAACGCUUGAGACAACAGCAGGCGAUCGCCGAGGAGUUCUGGAGAAGCCAUCCGCCAGCUCCUCACCCAACUGCACCCUCCCCUUGUCAUUGCCACCGGGAGAGAUGAGUCGAGCGCGCGGCGUCGGUGUGCAGUCGUGAUGUGACUGUGUGAGCGCACGAGCCUCCGCGGCGGCAGUUUGACGACUUUACAGCCCCCCCCCCUCUCCCCCCGAGAAGGUUAAAAAAAACAGUGAGAAUUUCACAGUGUGAGUGGGGUUUAUUUUUUGUGUUUGUGUUUGUGUCUGAAGCAGAGGUGAUGGCUCCGUUUGACAGCAUGCAGUCAACGCAGCGGCAGCAGCAGCAUCCGCGGAGCCAGCCCUGACCACAGCUGGAUUUUGAGGAGCUAUGUCCGCGGGUACCAAGCCUCCGUCUGCCUGUAGUCGACAGCUCCAGUGUCCCCCGUCGGUGCGGUGCCUCGGGGGUCUUUGCUAAAGUCCAGGGACACGCGGUACCAGUGGAGCGCACCCACCUGGAGUCGAGGAGAGGUUGUUUGUUAUAAGGCCGGGGCUCUCUGCAGCCCACUCCUCGCGCCCGCCCGCUCGCCCGCCCGCUCCCCCUGCAUCCUCCGCGCGGCGUCUCCGUGCCGCGAGCGUUUUUUCGCUACAUGGCAACGGACAUCAAAACCGUCACUACCUGACCGCCUGUUUGCCUGCUGCGGGUCCAUACAUACCUUUACAGCGAAUACUGAGACUAAAAUUGAAUCGACUUGUGGAUCGGAGCGGUGCUGUGUCUAUGCACCUCAGUUACACCGCCCCGGAAAGGACUUCUUGCCAUUGAGAGCUGGAUAUGCAGAGAUUAACGUGAAAGGAUGGAUCUAAUUAUCUGUGUUUUGGGGCUUCUGGCGCUGAUCGUGGAGGGCAUCCGUUGCCAAGGAGUGUACGCCUCACCGACUGUCCGCAUCAUACACUCAGGGCAUGCCUGUAAUGUUGAAGAGGAGAGACACACGGAGAGAGUCUACACCAUCAGAGAGGGAGAAACCCUGGAGCUCACCUGUCUGGUGACGGGGCAUCCUCGACCACAGAUUCGAUGGACCAAGACAGCCGGCAGUGUGUCGGACCGCUUCCAGGACUCCAGCGUGUUCAACGAGACGUUGCACAUUGCAAAGAUCCAGAGGACCCAGGGAGGUCGCUACUACUGCAAGGCUGAGAAUGGCCUUGGUUCCCCUGCCAUCAAGUCCAUCAGAGUGGACGUCUACUACCUUGAUGACCCAGUGGUAACCGUGCAUCAGAGUAUAGGAGAGGCUAAGGAACAGUUCUACUAUGAGAGGACUGUGUUUCUGCGCUGUGUGGCCAAUUCCAACCCACCCGUCCGCUACAGCUGGCAUCGUGGCAGAGAGGUCCUGACGCAGGGCUCCGACAAGGGAGUGGAGAUCUAUGAGCCGUUUUUCACUCAGCAGGGGGAAACGAAGAUUUUGAAGCUGAAGAACCUGCGCCCUCAAGACUACGCCAACUAUAGCUGCAUCGCCUCCGUCAGAAAUGUGUGUGGGAUCCCUGACCGCAGUGUUAUCUUCAGACUUACAAAUAAGACAGCCUCCCCGUCCAUCAAGCUGCUGGUGGAGGAUCCAAUCGUGGUGAAUCCGGGCCAGACGGUAUCCUUGGUGUGCAUCACCACAGGAGGCGAGCCAACCCCCACUCUCACCUGGGUCAGCAGCAAUGAAAGCCUGCCGCAAAGGAGCGUGGUGAAGGGGGGCACGCUCACACUUCCAGCCAUCAGCUCAGAUGAGGCGGGGGUAUACAGCUGCGUGGCCAGCAACAACGUGGGAAACCCGGCCAAGAAGUCCACCACCAUUGUGGUGCGAGCUUUGAAAAAGGGCCGAUUCUGGAUCACCCCUGACCCCUACCACAAUGACGACAACAUCCAGAUUGGACGUGAAGUCAAGAUAUCUUGCCAGGUGGAGGCGACCCCACCAGAGGAGCUGACCUUUAGCUGGCUGAAGAAUGGCCGUGCCCUGCGGAGCUCAGAGCGUAUGGUCAUCACCCAAACGGACCCGGACAUCUCCCCAGGGACCACCAACCUGGACAUCAUAGACCUCAAGUUCACCGACUUCGGCACAUACACCUGCGUGGCCGCGCUAAAGGGAGGAGGCAUCCCUGAGAUCAGCAUUGACGUCAACAUCUCUUCCACAACUGUCCCUCCUCUGUUUUUCUCUUUCUUAGUUCCCCCCAACCUGACAGUCCCCCGGGGCAAGUCCCCUCUGGUGGCCCGCGAGGGUGACACAGUGGAGCUGGAGUGCCUUGUUUCAGGGAAGCCCAAGCCCAUCAUCCUGUGGUCACGAGCAGAUAAAGAGGCGCCCAUGCCAGACGGCAGCAUGCAGAUGGAGAGCUACGAUGGUGUGCUGCGUAUUGUUAAUGUGUCCAGGGAGAUGACGGGCUCAUACCGCUGCCAGACCAGCCAGUUUAAUGGCUUCAACGUAAAACCCCGCGAGGCUGUGGUGGAGCUGAUCGUACAAUAUCCUCCAACAGUGGAGCCGGUUUACAUGGAGAUGCGUCAGGGCCUGGGAAGGCCUGUGGUGAUGACCUGCAGGGUGCUGCGAGCCCACCCCUCCCGUGUUCUGCGAUUCGAGUGGCUUCUAUCAAACCGGCUGCUCCACGCCGGAGCCUUUGACGCACAAAGAGAUGAGACGGAGUACACCAUCCGCAGCUUGAAUCGAGACGGAUGGGGGGAGUACACUUGUAAUGUCAUCAAUGAGGCUGGAGCAGGCAAAUGCACCUUCCAGGUCACAGGCAAGGCCUACCCACCAGAGUUCUACUAUGAUACCUACAGCCCUCUGUGGCAGAACAGGCCCAGACUCUACAGCUUCAAGCUCCAAUGGACCCAGAUGAACCCUAACGCUGUGGACCGCAUUGUCGCCUACAGACUAGGCAUCAGACAGAUGGGGUUAGAGCGCUGGUGGGAGCAGGAGAUCCCUGUGGAUGGAACAAUCAACAAAGGAGAGCUCAUGACACACAACCUAACACAGCUCAUAAAGCCUGAAUCCUAUGAGGUGCGCCUUACCCCAAUCACACGUUUUGGAGAGGGUGACUCCACCAUCCGGAUUGUCACAUACAGCGCUCCCAUCAACCCUCACCUGAGAGAGUUCCACUGCAGCUUUGAGGAGGAGCCUAUUUGCAUGUUCACCCAGGAUAAGAAUGAUGAUUUCGAUUGGACACGGCACAGUGCUGCUACCCGCGAUACAAAGUAUACACCCAACACUGGGCCCAGUGGUGACCGCAGUGGAUCCAAGCAGGGUUUCUACAUGUACAUUGAGACAUCAAGACCACGAAAGGAAGGAGACCAAGCACGGCUUGUAAGUCCGUUUUUCAACGUAGCGCCUAAAAACCCUUACGGUAUCACCAACCCACCUGCCUACUGCUUCGGCUUCUUCUACCACAUGUAUGGAAAACACAUAGGAACACUAAACGCCUUCCUCAAGCAGAAGGGCCAAACAACCUCUGAGGGCCCCGUGUGGUCGCUAAGUGGUAACCAAGGUGACCGCUGGAAGCAGGCCAAAGUAAGCAUCCAUCCAACGGCGUCCUUCCAGGUGGUGCUCGAAGGUAUCCGGGGACCAGGCAUUGAGGGAGACAUCGCCAUUGAUGAUGUCAUGCUAGAGGAAGGGGAGUGUCGAGACCCACCACCCAAUCUCAGCAAGGCUCCUUCCACCUCCUCCCAUAUAUGGCUGCUAUGCGUCACCUUGGUGAUGACCCUCCUGGAAGGUCAGAGGUGACCCUUCUCGCUGUCAUCUCAGAGGCGAAUAUUCAGACCCACCGUCUGUGAACUAUACCCUCGGCAUCCAAUCACCAAAGAUUCAUGCAUCCUGAAAGCAGCAGGGGACCCCUGACAGACCACGGAGGGACUGAAAUUCAUGAAAGAGAGAAAAAAUAGUGAUAAAAAAGUUACACAAAAAGUAAUAAAGAAGAUGCGCUAAUUUUUUAAAGAGACCUCUUUUACAGAAAACACCCCUCGGUGCAGGACUUGGGACAUCUUUACGAGCACAAAGACAGGUGGGCGAUGAAUAAGCCUGGACUUUGGCGAAAGAGUUCACAAGCGUCGAGGGAGGACAGUUUGUAAAGCACAAGAACAAUUUUAUGAAGUUAUGAAAAUAUCUUUGGAAGGUGGCAGAAUAUAGACACUGCUGACUUUUUGAAGAAGAAAUAACAUUUCCCUGCUUACAAAUACAUGGAACCAGACCUUUCUCUGUGUAUCUUUAUCUUCAUCUUCUUGCACCAGAUAGCCCAGCUUCACGUCACAUCUUGGCAUUUCUUUAUCUGCUUGGUGCUGUACUGUAGAAAAACAAGGACUUUGGCAACAUUUAGUUCUGUCUGCUUACUCCCCUGUAGCUGCCUAUGUAUCUUUUUAACACUGUGCUCACGAGUCCAAGUGGCCAACCGACGGUAUGGUGGCAGAAAAAAAAAUGCAGAAGAAUCAGCGGAGGUGUAGACAGCUGGACUGGAGGGCAGAAAGAAGUUGGAGCUUGGGAGCUGAAAUGAGAGGGACGGGUGGAAAGAGAACAGAGAGGAGGUAUGUUGAGGAGAGGAAGAGUGGAGGGAGAGGAGGAACAGGCAGAGAGUAGAGAAAGGUCCGAUAAGUGAGGCCUGACUCGAAUAUUCAGUCAGCGGUCCACCUGUGGAACAGAAGCCACUUUACUUUCUGCCAUGAAACAAAGUGCCUUCAGAUUACAAACCGAAUCGUGAGCCUGGGUGUUAAUCAACAUCGGACACAUCUCUGUUCAUGUUUCCUCUGAUGGGCUAUUUUCUACAUGUUUCUUUUGCCCCACAAGUGCUGAUGGGAGGGCAUGUGUGUUCAGAGGGAGUAUGGGAUUGUGCCCGGAUUCAACUCCUGAUGGGACAGUUGUCUGUCUGUGUGUGUGUGUGUGUGUGUGUGUGUGUGUGUGUGUGUGUGUGUGUGUGUGUGUGUGUGUGUUAUGUGUGUGUGUGUGCAAGUGCGUGUUUGUGUGUGUGCAUGCGCCUAAGCCUAUGCCUACGCGUAGUUCAAUGUGAGGGCAGCAGACCAGGCAGUGCUGGCAGACCAGGUUGGCAAACAAUUUGGAUAAAAACAGCGGCAACCGUGAAAGUGAGGCUCUGGAUCUUUUUUUUUUGUGUGUGCAGAAAGACAGUUUAAGAUCAUACGGAAGGAUAAAGACAUUUCGUCUAAUGAAUACCCCACUCUCUCUUCCCAUGAUUCUCCUUCCCUGCGGGUGAGCAUUUUUUAACAAAAGAAAAGAACAACUGCUGAAUAAAACAUUGCGUUGUACAGGGAGGAGAGCAGGAACUUUGGGACUGCAGGCUCUUCAUUAGGGUGAUACGCCUCGCCCCUGUCCUCCAACAUUUAUAUGGAACAAUGAGAAUAAAAGAUAAUAAUGACCAUAAUAAUAGUCAUGAUAUUUUAUUACUCUAGCGAGAAUGUUUCUCUGCUUUUACACAAACUGUGAAGAUUGACUGUGGAAGAUCUACCUGAGACCAUAACCUUAACCAGCGGGGUUUUUAAAAAAUGUAUUGUAAAAAAGAGAAAAUAAGAAAAUGAAAAAUUCCGUUCAUUGUUGGUUAUGACAAAUGUUUUGAGGACUUGUGUCUUGUUUCUUAUAUUUUCUGUUGAAGAUGACUUAACUUCCUUUCUCUUCUUGUUGUCUCCCUUUGCAUUGCUUAAGUAUCAAAGCUGAUGGAAGCAUAAGAAGUAAACCAAUUUGGUAACUGUAUAACUUGUAAAUGUUAAAGAAGCUCUAUUCAAAGGUUUAUGAUAAAUGUUUUAUGUUGGAGUACAGGAAGCACAACAUACAGUUUAAGGUCUCAACAUAUAAAAUCCAUUUUAUAUUUCUCUGCACAUACGUGACCUACUCCCACAGGCUUUUCAACACUCUGAAACAAGUCCACGUUUAACAGCAAAUUGAUCAUUUUUUACUUGUGACAUUCAUAUUUAUAGUGCAACCAGAACACGAGAGAAAGCAAAGGAAACCCAUUCAGGAGUAUAAAUAAAACCUUAAUGAAUGCAGACUGGGUAAAGGUUCAGUUUGGUGUUGUGGUUGUUCAGCAUAUGUAGCCUCUUCAGUGGAAGCCUGGGUGGUCUGAGUGGGUUAUGUACAUGUGUGAACAUGAAGCUGUGUACAAUAGGUGUGAUAAAAAACUGAUACAUUUAAAGAUGAUAAAUAUGCUAAACAAAACAGAGCAGAAUGAUGAGCAUUUCAGGGCAUCCUUACAAUAUCAUUAUGGUCUGUAUGAUGUUAUAGAGAUCACAGCUAUUAUCUGCUAUCCAUUUCUGUUGAUUUUGUUUUCUCUCCUUUCAUUUGUGUUUUUAUUUCCAUAAGGCCCAGAUCACAAUGAAUGUAAAUGGAGUUCUGGGAGGAGUUCUUUUCUUACAGUCUUACUAGAUGUAAUGUUUUACUAAAACAUGUGUUUUUUGUGUGCUUUUGAUGAUGAGAACUUUUCAGACUUUCAUAGGUUGUUUUGGACACAUCAAGAACACGACGUUCGCCUGACUUUGACACAGACUUUGACACAAUUUCCAAAAAAAUAAGCUCAGAUAAAAUAUCCAUUAGCUAGUUGCUAUAUCCUCCUGUGGUAUAGUAGGUAAUGAAAAGUGCCAAAGUGCCCGUGCAGUCGUCACUGUUACUAAGUAUGGAUAUGAGUUCCUUAAGAUAUUUUGGUAAUUGUUCCUUUUACACCCUGAGCACCUGGUCAGUUCAUAACAAGAAUACAAAAUCCUUAUGUAAUAGAGACCUGGAAGUACAUGAAUGAUUAAAAGUUACAGCUGGAUUUAAAGGAAAGAAUGCCUUUGGUAUCACUUUGGUGUUGAGGUCAAUACAUUUAAAGUUUAUUUGCUUUAUUUCUCGACGCUCCUUAGCUUAGCUUAGCAUAAAGACUGAAAAGAGGGAGAAACAGCUAGCUUGGCUCGAGCUGAAGGUAACAAAAUCCAUCUAGCAGCACCUCUAAAGCUCACUACUUAACAUCUUGUGUUUUGCUUGUUUAAUUCAUGCAAAACUCGAAGUAUAAAAAACAACUUGUUAUGGUUUAAUGGGGGGUUGUCUCCAUGAGCUUGCCAGGCACCUAGCAGAGACUUAAGGAGGUCACUGCUUUCAGCCAAGAAAUAUUCUGGCACAUAAUAAAACCGCAAUUAGUCAUUUUCGCUCUUCGUUUUACGUGCGGAUUAAACAAACAACACAUAAUGUGUUCAUUGGUGAGGUUUAGAGGUUCUAAUACGAUUUUGUUAGCUAAGCUAAGCUAACUGGCUCCCAGCUGUCGGCUUAUAUUUACCAUACAGACAUUAAUGGUAUCAAUCUUCUCAUCUAACUCUCCUCUAAAGUCGCCAUACUGUGAAAUGUGUUUUGUGCAUGCUGAAAUUAUAUCGGUAUCAGCCUUUCAAAAACUAUGCAGACCUGCUUUUGUGGUGUAUUUUAAUAAUUCUGGGUACAUUCAUACAUAUCUGCACAUUUUUUAUCCAUGUGAAGCAAAUAUUGUCUGAUUUUCCAAUAGUCACGGCUGAAAUUGGACAUAAAAAUGAAUCAUUGUUUGUUUCCAUGGUAUGACAGCUCUCACCAUAUCCUUGAUUUCAAUUUCUGUGCAAUUCACACACCCUGUGUCAGCCUCUGCCCUUUGUGUACGCAGGGGAUGUGAGCCUGGUGACUAUCUUACACACUCAGCUCUGCUCUAUUUAUUGAUAAAAGUACUCUAAGCUACUUCAAAGUACAAUUGGAGGGGAUUAACAGUUUUUGAAUAUGUAAACAGUGUUGUGUGACAGUUUUCUUUCUUACGGUGUUUACUGGCUUUAUUUUGAUGAUGAGAGGCUUCUGUAGUCGUGGAGGGUGUGAAGUGUUCAUAAACUAACAAGGGGAAAUGGGUUUGAGGUAUUUGUCUCUGCUGAUUAGUUUGUGGUGCUGGAGCUGAAUGUGUCCAUGUGUGCCUGGGCCCAAGACAUUUUGUGUGUGUUGUUUUUUUCCCACCAGCACACACAGUGUCAGAUGUUUCUCACAGCAGCCACUUUAUUUUGACACUCAUGCAAGACUUUGCCGUGUGUGUGGUGAUAGUGCCAUCAAUUUUAAUAGAGGGUUACAAAAAUAAAAUGACAGUAGCUUUUUUUUUUCUUCUCUUUUCUUUGUGGUAGACCUUUCUUGGAAUCUAUUAAGUUCAGUCCUUGAAAAGACUGUCAUGAUAACAUAAAAUUUAAAGGUCUCUAUUUUAUUUAUUAUUUUGUCUGCAAGAAUUGUACUGCAAUCUACUGCAACUGUCCAGUAAUGAAUACUACACUCUCAUAUAGAGCAAAGCGCUAGGGAGAGCACUGAAGUCACACUUGCAUCACUUGAUGGGCAUCAGCUGUUUUCGUUCAUAAUUCACAAUCACUAGCUGAAUCUACGGCCGUGUGGCUGUCAGCUGACUAGCAACGUCCAAUUAUAUUCAUGCAGGUGUCCUACAGCUUGGCCGUUACUGUAUAGCCUGAUACUUCUCACUAUUACUCAUUUGCCAUUGUUUGCUACAACAGCUCCCUCCACCACCUAAAGCUCCUCCUUAUGUGCCAUAUUUUCUUUUAUAUAACAGUCUUAACAUUCAUGUAUGUUGCUGCUCGUAUUGUUUGAGAGUUCUUCAAACAGUAGAGCCUUUUCCACCAAAAAUAUCUGUAUAACCAUUUGCUAUAUAUCUUCAGUUCCUUGACUAAAGUGUCUCUGACUGACAUGCAGUUAUUUGUUGUUGACACACGCGAUUAUUUGAAGUUGAUGGUAGUCAUUUUUGAAGCUGUACUUUGUGAUGGUGUUGUACUGGGUUGUGUUAUGUUGUUAUUGCCUCUCCAUGCAGUAAAUGUAAAUUAGAUGGAAAAGGUUUUAGGGCACCUUUCAAUGCGAUGCAGUCAAAUAAAAUGACUAUAAAGUACAGCCUGAAAAUGCACCAUAGAAUUCAGUCCAUACAACUACAACAAAAAAAAGUUAAAGAAAUAAAGCUUGCAGUUUCAACAAAUAUUAUAUUUAAGGUGUUUGGGCCAGUUGUAUUGCAUUGCAUUACAUCGUACUGGACACCCUAGAAAUUACCUUUUUCCUUUGUUACACUGCAGAAAACAAACAACACUAGUCGAUCUUUAUUGCAUAGAAAAGGCAAUAGCCAUUUGGUAGGUGGGAGGAGGAAAGCAGGCUGCAGUGAUAGUGUUUUCCUUUUAGAAUGCAGUUUCACCUCCUUUACUGAUAAAAUUACACAUUUGACUUGCUGCCUUUGUGUACCAUAAAUGCUACGUGUUGGUCUUAAUUGAACCGCAAAGGAAAUAACCUAUUGUCAAAUAUGGUAAGGUUGGAGUACCAUGGAAACAAACAAGGACUUGUUUUCAGUGCUGUUUCAUCCUGUAUUAUUUAUUAAAAUCUGUUAUUUUUUUUGUGCAUUGAUGAAUACACAAAUACAUAAUGCAGUUGUGCAUGAAUGUACCCAGUGCUCAGAUUAAUACCAUUAAAAUGGAGGUACUGUAGCAUUAAAGGACGUGGUCUGUCAGAGUUUGUGCAGGCUGCAGAUUGAACAUAAUUGCUGUACAGUGCAUUAUGUUGAAACAAUUUCCCAAGUUCUUUGCUAAAUUUGAUUAAACCUAUCCAUGUGAGCAGAACCAUGACCAGUUGCUAUGUGGAAAAUGUAAUUUAAAACAAAGUAUAGCCUUAAUUUCUAGAAAGUGCAUACCUCAUAAUAUUAUAAACAGGUAGAAGAGAUCCUGCUUAACAAUUCCCAACUGUAAUGUUUCUUGGAGGUGUUUUUAAAGAAAUUCAGCUGUAAUUUUCACAUUUUUACCAACUUAGUUACAGCUAUAAUUUAGUAUUCUCGCUAUGUAUUUAAAUGCUUAAUACCUAGUGCUUCGAGGGUCUCUAAAAGGAACAGUCACAACAAUUCUUUCUGAGUGGAAAUGUUCUCAUUUUCUGUUCAACCUAAGAAGGGCUUUGUCACAUUGUGCCAUUCAUUGCGCUAUUUUAGCUCCCCGAAUAACCAUUCAUUUCCACUAGCAUGAUAUAAAUGCAGCUGGUUGCCCUAUUAUCACUAUACACACCCUGCUUUCUUGGUAUUGAUUCAGCAAAGAGAAUUGGUGCCAAAAGUGGGGGAGGCAUUGUGGUUAGGUACGACCAGCACCGACAGAAUUGGCAUUCACUGUGAAUUUGGCACUCAGAAAAAUGUUCGUAUGAAGCAGUCAAGCAGGAACAAAAUGUCUGUCAAAUUGAAGCUGAAACAUUACCUGUGUGUUGAAUGUUUUUCAAGAGUAAAAUUGCCAUCUUAAUGCGGUAAGUUUCUUUUACUUUCACACAGUGGCUAGGCAGUACUGAGUGACUUCUCGACAGGAGGCUGACUGCAGUCUCACUAAAUAACUGGAAGAGGUAGACACAUUUCAGAGAUCUCAUUUUACUCUGUCAGGGAAGAAGCAGGAUGUCGUUAUUUGAUGGCAUGGCUGCUCAGUGUGACAACUUUACCGGUGGGAAAACUGCCACCUCUUGGUACCUUACUGUCUCUGGUGUUGGAGUGAAUCUCGCUACUCUACGUCUCGAUAGCUUUCCUCUUUUCUCUGUCCUCUCUUUCUGAUCAUGAAUCGCAGGCCCGCAGGAGCAACACAAAUUCCCACACAGACUCCAUUUUUACCAGUUAUUUACCAUCAGUGUGGCUGACAGCGUGCAGAAUGACAAGAAAAGACCCCUGGAAAUAAUGAGAUGUGAUGCUGUAAUAUCAAGGUUGUUGAGAAAGCUGUGUUUCAGUGAUGUUAUUUAUCUUGUUCCGUGCCGACACCCUGUAAUGAUGACCUGUCACUCUUCUCUGUUAUGUGCUCUAUAUUUAUAUAUGAUCAGGCUUCUUUUUCACUGUAUUUCUUUGGAUUUAUCACCCAUUUUUUGUGCCAUACCUGCAACUAAUGAAAAAAUAAAGAAAAGGAAUAUUUUA